CGACUCAUUAUAACCGGCGUUGACCUAACGUUCGAGUUGGAGAUAAAUACAACUGUUUUUGAAAUACGAAUUGUUGGUUAUAACACGUACUGUCGACUGGAAUUUCGAUAUAAUAAUGCCUAGAGACAGCAGAUCCUACAGGCGGAGAUCCCGAUCAAGGAGCUUAUCCCGUGAGCGCAGCAGAAGAAAGAGAAGCAGGUCUCGCACCCCUUUAAGGUCAAGGGAAAGAGAUCGAUUAAGACGCUCACGGUCCCGAGAUAGGGAUCGAAAGAGAUCUAGGAGCAGGUCGAGGGACCGUGACACAAAGAGAGAUAGGAGAAAACGAUCCCGGUCAAAAGAAAAGGAUAGGAAACGAGAGAAGAAGUCCAAAUCCAGAUCCCCUGAAAAGAAAGCAAAGAGCCCAUCCCCCAGUGCUGAAAAGGUUCUCCACAGAGAAGGAGAACUGAGGGUUAAAGAUGAACCACUCAAUAAGGAAGAGGAACAGAAACGCCUUGAGGUGGAGAUGCAGAAACGACGUGAACGUAUAGAGAAAUGGCGAGCAGAGCGGAAGAAGAAACAGGAACUGUUGCCCAUAAACAUCACUCCCCCGAUGAAGAAGUGGACCCUGGAGGAUGACGAUGAAGAUGAAGAUGAAGUGGUGCAGGAGAAAGAUAAGGAUGAUGAGAAUGAAGUUGACCCACUUGAUGCCUUCAUGCAGUCUGUGACAGAUGAGGUGAAAUCUGCUCGUGAUAAAGACAAGACCCAUGACAAAGUUGACAACCAGAAAGGAACAAAUGGUAACGGUGCCCAAGCAGCAGCUGCGACUGGCAAGGUGACGUUCAUCACAGCUGUGGCCAAGAAGAAGGAAGACACCAGCAAGGAAAAAGGAGAAGUGAUGGAGAGCAACAUAGACGCCAUGGAGUAUUCGUCAGAAGAGGAAGAGGAAGAUCUGGACACAACAAUGUCCAACAUGGCCAGGAAAAGAAAGGAGCUAACAGUAGUGGAUCAUGAGCGCAUUUACUAUGCCCCUUACAGGAAGAACUUCUACGUGGAAGUACCCGAGAUAGCCAAGCUGACCCAAGAGGAGGUUGAUCAGCUGCGAGAAGACAUGGAAGGGAUAAAGGUGCGGGGCAAGAACUGCCCUAAACCUGUCAAAAGCUGGGCUCAGUGUGGAGUCAGCAAGAAGAUCAUGGACGUCCUCAAGAAACAUCAGUACGAGAAGCCCACACCUAUUCAAGCCCAGGCAAUCCCAGCUGUAAUGUCAGGUCGGGAUCUCAUAGGAAUUGCCAAGACCGGCAGUGGUAAAACCCUCGCCUUCCUCCUCCCUAUGUUCAGACAUGUGCUGGAUCAAGCAGAACUGGAAGACGAAGAUGGACCUAUAGCCGUGGUAAUGACCCCAACCCGUGAGCUGGCGCUACAGAUCAUCGAAUGUAAGAAAUUCGUCAGAACUAUGGGACUGAGAUGUGUGUGCGUGUACGGCGGGACAGGAAUAUCCGAGCAGAUCGCAGAGUUGAAAAGAGGCUGCGAGAUCAUCGUUUGCACACCAGGGAGAAUGAUUGACAUGCUGGCUGCAAAUAAUGGACGUGUUACCAACCUGCGUCGUUGUACGUAUGUGGUUCUCGACGAGGCAGACAGGAUGUUUGACAUGGGAUUUGAGCCUCAGGUGAUGAGAAUAAUGGACAACAUUCGACCAGAUCGUCAGACUGUAAUGUUUUCGGCCACCUUCCCACGACAGAUGGAGGCCUUGGCAAGAAGAAUUCUAAACAAACCGACAGAAGUUCAGGUCGGAGGUCGCAGUGUGGUGUGCAAAGACGUUGAACAACAUGUAAUUAUCCUGGAGGAUGACAAGAAGUUCUUGAAACUGCUGGAGCUGCUGGGCAUCUAUCAGGAACACGGCAGUGUCCUGGUGUUUGUGGACAAGCAGGAAAAUGCAGAUGAGCUGAUGAAGGAGUUGAUGCGGCACUCCUACCCAUGUCUGUCUCUACACGGCGGCAUCGACCAGUAUGAUAGGGACAGCACUAUCCUGGACUUCAAGAACGGGAACAUCAAGCUUCUGGUUGCAACGUCUGUGGCAGCGAGAGGCCUGGAUGUCAAGCAGCUCAUUCUGGUCAUCAACUACGACGUUCCAAACCACUACGAGGAUUAUGUGCACAGAUGCGGCCGGACAGGUAGAGCAGGCAACAAAGGUUUUGCCUACACAUUCUUUACUCCUGAGCAGGAGAGGUAUGCAGUGGACAUAAUCAAGGCCCUUGAGCUGUCUAACGCUCCAGUACCUCAAGACCUGGUACAGAUGUGGAAUGACUACAAGGAGAGAGCUAAGGCUGAGGGGCGAACAAUCAAGAGCUCCAGUGGGUUCCGUGGGAAAGGGUUCAAGUUUGAUGAGACAGAGGCCCAGCUGGCUGACGAGCGGAAAAAGCUACAGAAGGCAGCACUUGGGUUGCAGGACUCGGAUGACGAGGAUGCAGGCAUGGACAUUGACCAGAAGAUUGAAGAUAUGUUCGCCAGUCGGAAGCGUGUGACAGAUGUGGCCAAGCCAAUAGCCAAUCAGCAGACACAACAGCAGCAGAGCAAUCAGCAGAAACUGGAGCUGGCCAAACGAUUGGCUGCUCGUAUCAACAUGCAGCUCAACCUUGGACCUGAUGCCCAGGAUAUUACCCAGCAGGCAGCAGCAGCUAUAUUGAAGGGAGAUUCAGUAGCUGCUCCACAAGUUGCUUCCAAGACAAUUGCAGAGCAGAUGGCAGAGAAGAUCCACGCAAAGAUCGGGUACCGGCCACAGGCAGAGGAAGAGAAAGAACAGGAAUCGGCGGGUGAGACUUUCAAACGCUAUGAGGAAGAGCUGGACAUCAACGACUUCCCUCAGACAGCCAGGUGGAAGGUCACAUCCAAGGAAGCCCUGGCUCAGAUCUGCGAGUACUCGGAGGCUGGCAUCACGGUGAGAGGAACCUACGUGCCCAAUGACAAGGAUCUGAAGGAAGGAGAGCGGAAGCUGUACCUGGCUAUCGAGGCCACAAGUGAACUUGCCAUCUCCAAGGCGAAGAAGGAGAUUACACGUCUCAUCAGGGAGGAGCUUGUCCGACUGCAAAAUUGUUAUAUUCCAAAUGCCAACAAGAAUCGCUACAAAGUGCUGUAACCUUGCAGUUGGUGACAUCUGUGUUCUUAUUGCUGGGAGCAUGGCUUGGUGCAAGGACUACUUAUGGAGGAAGUGUCAUGGUUGUGUCAUGCUUAACAUUGACAUCCCUGGAACAUGGAACCUGUAAAUCUAUGCUUGAUGAUUUGGGGAAGGACCAGAACAUAAGAUUUGGCUCCAAAUCUAACUUAAAACAGGUUCAUUAAAACAUUUUCAAUUCAAGGGAACAAGGGAUUCUUCCUUAUGGUACUCCUAACAUCUGUAUUUUGUUCAGGACUCUUUGAGCAAGCAUCCUUUGGUAUCCCCAUUCUGUUACAAGAAAUACUAUGAAGCCAAUCACUAUUACCAGUAUGUGUUUGUAAAGUAACAUCAGUGUGUCAUCUCUCCGAUUGCCAUCACAUGUCAAAGAUUCUCUAGUUUGACAGUUAUGUUACUGAAUGGCUCUUUUUAAUGUCAUACUAUUUGAAUCAGGAUAAAACAAGACAUGAUAGCCAUUGGUCCAUAUGAUUUAUCAUAGCAGAAUACAUUCGCAACUACUUGUCCCUUUCUGUAACCUGAAAGAAGACCAUUCCCCUUUCAUAGCCAUGUUCGGGAGAAAUAUUCACCCAGACAGUCAGAAUGCGCGUAUGUAGAGAAGAAAUUGGGUCAAUAUGGUUAGUUGAAAUAAUUUUCAUUUCGGCUUGCAUAAUUAUUUUCCAGACACUUCAAGUAUAUUUUAAUUAUUGCAUAGUCCUCCUGACUUUUUAUAUCCAGGAUAUAUUAACAUUAUGGCGUAAGGAAAGUAUUUAAGCAUGUUAGACAUACCCUUUGAGGCAAUUUCCUUGGCGUGGAUGCCAUGUUUGUUUUCCAAGUAAACUACAGUUACAUGCCCUUGAAAAUAAUUCGUGACUAGACUAUUCCUUUCUCUCUUCGCUUUUGCGCUCAGAGUCAAGUUCAGUAAAAUGGGUACAAGUCUUCUUCAGGUUACGGAAAGGGACGAGUAGUUACGAAUGAGCAGAAUAGUGAUAUAAGCACGAUGUUGAGCAUGCAGAGUUGUCUUUCCUUUCCUCUUCUGGAGAGAGGCAAUGUUGUUAUGGAAAGACUGCAUUGAUGAGCUUAAUAAUGUAAAGCUGGUUCAUCAUCUUUAGGAGUGUAGAAGAUACUGCUUUGCUCCAUUUGUUUUCAUUUCAUUGUAAGUGUCCUGUUGGUGUUACUGAAGAUCUAACAAGUCUAAGGAAGUCAGACCUUGUUUUAUUCAGGCAGCGAAACAUUGAUAUUUUAAAACUGAGCUAUAUUUUACAGUGUGAUUAGGUGGUAUUAUGAAUGUAAAAAUCCUGGAUUUUACUGUGCUCAUGACAAGGAAAAUUUUAUUUUAUGAACCUGUGAUCAGGACCCUGUACAUAUUGUAAUAAAAUAAGUGUACAUGUAUAA